AUGAUGGAUGGAUCUCCACCGAAAACGAAUCGAAAGGUACGCUUCUCCUUACCCGAACCGGCCGUUCCUGCCGUUCCUUCCACCACCCCAGUUCAGAAGCAACGGAUGGCUCACGGAACAAUGCAGUACGUAAAUGGAACACUCAUCAGCCAAUCACAGCAGACUACAGGCUCUGCACAAACGCGUGCCCAUCAAUCGCUACAGAUAACACCGACCCCAACAUCUGCCACUGCAUCCAUUGGUAGCGCCACGACAGGCUACAAACCAAAGGAGCUGAACAAUAAAAUCGUACUCCACCUGCGUCCCACAGUCAGUUCGCUCGACAGUGGUAGUGAACUUUCCUCCCCGAAAGGAUCACCAGGCGCCUCCACCGAUAACAAACAAUCCCGACAGAAAGCUUACGCACAGAAAGCCGGAUCCGGAAAUGGGAACUCCACGGCAACUGCAACCACCGGCUCGGGACGGUCCCUUAAAAGCUUGCCACAAAUCAAUCAAAAAUUUCCUAGCUCCGAAGACUUGAACAAUAAUAUUGGUGGUGCGAACCGUGCUAGAUCGAGCGACGAUCUCGGAACGAUCGCCAAUGGGCUGUGGAAUCAUCCGACAAAGAAACCAACAAUUAUACUGCGUACGAUCUCAAACGGUGGCUCUCAGGCGCAUCCCUCCAAAGCACCGCUCGCGUCCCGUGCGCGAACGAAAUCGGUCGGCAAGCUACCGGGAACGGGUGGUGCUGGUGGACGCCAUCAGAAGACUCUCAUCUCACCACACCUAGCGCCAAUGGAUGGUGUGUUGGUACGGGUGCAGGAAAGCUCCACCAACAACAAACCGGGUGAGAUGACCGGUGGCAGUGACGAACGUAAAGAUCGCCGUAGUGACGAAAUUAACGUGUCUAGUAUUAUCCGCCAGACAAGUACCGGUAACGGUAGCAGCCACCGUUCGAUGUACGGCAAGAGUGGACAGUUUUUGGCCGUUCCAGAGUAUACCGAUCGGUACGAGGGCAUGGAGACGGCCGUAUCGGCAACACUGAACGACGAGGAAGAGGAUGAGUUUGAUGACAGUGAGCAGGAUGGGUCAGGACAGGGUGAUGAACGGAACGGAACGGUCAGCGAUCAGCAAACAGGUAGCGGGAACGAUCCACUCAAGGGUGUUGUUGGUGAUGAUGGAAAGUUUCGCUGUGCACGGGACACGAACCUAGGCCGGGAUCGUAAUACGGCACAGUUUUGGGACUUUGUCGAGCGGUGGCGUACGAAUCGGGCACUGAAAAAGCUGGAAAGUGCCAACCAUGAACCGAGCGCACCGGUUAGUACGGCGGUACUGAUCGGGUCGGAUCGGGGCAAGACGGAAACGAAAAGUCCCACGCUAAGCUCGCGGAUACGUGCCCUCAGGAUGAGUCUUGAGCAGGUACCGACGGUGACGACGCUGCUGCGUGCAUCCCGCGAUGCAAACGAAUAUCUGCUGAAGGAAGUGUUUCGAGACAUUCUGGAGAAUGGCAUCUCGAAGGAAAAUCUCAACUCUACCGAUCGCAGUGGAAGGACGGCCAUCUCGUACAUCUGCUCGACGAAUUUAACCAACUUUUUGGAGCUGUUUUUGCAACUGCCCGGCAUCGAUGUCAACAAACCGGACAACGAGGGUAACACGCCGCUGCAUUUCGCUGCCCAGGCCGGUCUCUCGGACGUGGUGAACAUGCUCAUCACCAAAUGUCGCAGCUUGAUCAUCGAUCCGAAAAACAACCUCGGCUUCACGCCACUGAUGAAGGCCGCCCUUCAGGGUAGGACCCGGUGCGCUAAGCUGCUGCUCUUUGCUGGGGCAUCGCCAGUCGAAACCGAUACCGGACGAGGAUUUAGGGCGGAACAGUGGGCUCGCUUUUGUGGCAGACACACCUGUGCAGAAACGAUAGAACAGUGCGCCCGGGCACGGUUGCUGGACAAAUCGACACCCUGCGGUAGAUGGUCGCACGACAUCAAUCUUCCGGUGGACAAGAAUGCGCUCAAGGCACGCAGCUGCAGCAUUACGCCACAACCAACACAAAACGGUUUUCGCUCCAAGUUCCGCAAAGUAUUUCCGUUCAAUUUCAACUCCUCGAAGGACACGAAGGCGGUCGGCAAGGAGGGCGAAGAAAACUACACAAAGGAUCUGGUCAACUACUUAAAGUCGGCCACGCUGUGCGUGAGCGGACCAGCGCUCUCGGCCAAUCGGAAGAUCAUACAGAGCUUGAUCCGACCGUUGGAAGUGCCAAAACUUGAGGUGACUUAUGCGAACAAUAAUGCGCUCAUCAAAAAGUACGAAGCAUCGUUGGAAUCGAACGGAACGGGCGAAACCGUGCGUCGUAAUUCGGUGGAUGGCAGUACCACCACGGACAGUCGGAACGCGUCACCGGCACACUCUCCUACCCCGGUAAGGGCCAAGGUACGGAACUAAGUGGACAUCAA